UGAUAAAUCAAAAAUAACUUUGAAUCUCAUCAAUAGGCUGAUAGUAGUUUUCCUGUUUUAAAAACGUCAGUCAAUGUAUGGAUGCAUUGCUAUUUGUCAAAAUUAAUAUUGAAUCAUUUUGAAGAUACCUGCUCUGUAGAAUACUACCUGUUAUACUGUGGGCAUUGGGGAUCGACCCGAGAACCUUCCUGCCUGGAGUCAAGCAUCAGGUUGAGGUUAUACUGACUGUUUCCUCUGAUUUAGGAUUUGUUCUCCACAAGUGUCUUGUGGUGACUUUAAAGGUAGUUAGGACAGAAUGGACGGUUGUUAUAUUUGUAGAGCGGUAUUAUGAUUACAAUAUUUAGACAGGAAGACGGCCAUCUUGGUUAGUGAAGGUGUUUAGAUCAUGGUGUUUAGAUGGGCCUAGAUCAUUCGGCUGUAGUGUAGGCCUACUCUAUAUCUGAGAGCAUCACUUGUGUGAGAGGGACAUGACCUCGAGGUGAAUUAACACUGCCACCACCGCCUCAACACAUAGGUCCCUGGUGACGACUGGUCCGUGUUCUUCAGCUCAGCCACUCCCACUGACAUCCUCUCACCAGCAGGUGGUGCUGCGGUGCUCCUUUUCUAGUGUUUCAAAAUGGAGCUUGUGACAAAUCAUUUGGUUUACUACUCUAAAGACGCUUAAAUGGUUCACUAACGCUUGAAGUUAAACAUUCCACUGUACUACAGCUGGAGUUGAUUGAAUCACAGACUGCAGCAGAGUAGACCGUUUGCGAUAUUUUAAAGGGUAGGAUGCUAUACGUGGCUAAGACUAAGAUUUGUGUGUGUGUGUGUGUGUGUGUGUGUGUGUGUGUGUGUGUGUGUGUGUGUGUGUGUGUGUGUGUGUGUGUGUGUGUGUGUGUGUGUGUGUGUGUGUGUGUGUGUGUGUGUGUGUGUGUGUGUCUUGGCCCUUAUCUGAAUACCUGCCAGAACAAAGGAUGUAACAUGAGGCAGGACAAAACACAAGAAGAAUCCAACCAAACAAGAUUCUCUUGAAAACUCAUUUAAGAGAAAUACUCUGCUCUUCUGAAAAGAGAAAUCAUCCAUUAAUUGUAUAGGCUACAUUGUACUGAUUCAUAAGUUCAUACUGAGGCGAAUCAAGUGUUCAGUUAAACAAGGUGGUAAUGUCUUUAAAGGAUGGAGGAGGAUUGUACAUGGAGGAGUUCAGCAGACACAGAGCAGAGGAGGCCUUUUCUACUUGAUGUGCUUCUAUUCAUGAUGUUUAUCAGUCUCUUUAUUGAUAACAUGGUAUCUAUGUUCUGUUGGUUCUGCUGUACAGAAGCAGUUGACUCAGUGACUGAGUGUCUCUACAGGCUGGUUGAACCAUCAAGUGUCUCUUGGUUUUUCUCUGAGCUUCUACACAUCACAGCUCUCUGUCCAUCGUUCUUAUUUUAAUAAAGUAAUUGUUCUUGGAUCAGCCACCUUAGCAUGUUAGUUCAUGUCUGGGAGGAGUAUGAACCGGGAGGGGAACUGGUCCAACUGGUUGGUUCAUUAUUUCCUUGAUAGGAGUCGGACGGUUUGCUGUGGCUUACUUCAUCACAGCAGGAAGACGACUAACGUACUGUAGUCCACUCUGAUCCAUGAUAGAUCAUAUGUAACUUUGAAUCUCAUCAAUAGGUUGAUGGUUAGUUUCCUGUAAAACCACAUGGUUAAAAACGAUAAUCAAUGUGUGGAUGCAUUGCUAUUUGGCAAAUUUGUAUUUGAAUAAUUUUGAAGAUACCUGCUCUGUAGAAUACUACCUGUUAGACUGUGGGCAUUGGGGAUCGAACCGAGAACCUUCCUGCCUGGAGUCAAGUGUCAGGUUGAGGUUAAUAAUGACUGUUUCCUCUGAUUUAGUAUUUGUUCUAAAUCCUGUGGUGACUUUAAAGGUAGCCUACUUAGGACAGAAUGUACAGUUGUUAGUGCGGCAUUAUGAUAACAUUAUUUAGACAGAAAGACAACCAUCUCCGUAAGUGAAGGUGUUUAAACGUCAUCUUGUACUGGGACUUGUUCUCUGUGGGCCUUCAUCAUCUUGCAGUACUGUAGGCCUACUCUAUAUCUGAGAGCAUCACUCGUAUGAGAGGGACAUGACCUUCGAGGUGAAUUAACUCCGCCGUGACCACCUCAACACAUAGGUCAUUGGUGACGACUGGUUCGGGUUCUUCUGGGCAGCCAAUCGCACUGACAUCCUCUCACCAGCAGGUGGUGCUGCGGUGCUCCUUUUCGAGGGUUUCAAAACGGACCCUGGGCCCUAUUUUAACGGUCUGAAACGCAUGUGUGAAGCGCAAAACAGAAGUAGCUUUGUGGGCGGGGCUCUGCCGCUGUUGCUAUUAUACCGGCGGAUAAAUUACUCUUACCCCCUGAAGUAGCCUUAUCACCCGUAGGUGUGGUUUGGGCCUAACGUGCAAUAAACCAAUGAGAGUGCCAUCUCCCAUCCCCUUUAAGAGCCAUGAGCGCAUUUUAACCUGACGAGUUGAUAUUUCAGUCUCCGAUGAGACAGAUGCAGGACCACAUGAAUUUCAUACUUCAAAUGGCUCAGUUUAUGGCCAAAUAAAAUGGCCUAAAUCACACAUGGAAUAGUGUUUUCUUUUGCAACUUCCAAAAUACUGAGUCGUCAUGUAAAUUUCGGCAAAGAAAACUUAACACACAUAUGAUAUGUGGUCCUGUGGCUGCAGCUGUGGGUCUAUUUAAUGAUAUGCGGCAACGGCAAUACUUUAACACACAUCGUUUCUUACCAGUAUUGUAUACAUUAUCGUGAUCGACUUGUAUUCCUAAUAUGCAUGUGUCCCCCCGUUAAUCUACAUUGCCAUGGACUGUAUUGUGCAUUACAUGUUUAGUUUGUGUGUGUUUAAACAGAUGGAUGCACACGCAGGCGCCUGCAUUCAUUCAUUAUUUUACUCACUCGCGGUAAAACAAUGUUUCCUCAUGAUCAAAUACUCAUCAAUCCUAAAAGUUAUGGGCUUGUAAACAAUGUUGGUUUCAAGAAUAUAUGUGUUUGCUGUAAGGUGUUUGCAGAUGCAUUGAUUUAAAUAUAACUUAUUACCGCUGUAUCAGCUGUUCUUUCACAAAUAAUUUAAACUACGUUAUCAUUUACCCUAAAAUGAGAUUUAGUUUUGAAAGGCUGGGAUAUAGCCUACUUUGCUCGAGUUUAUUAUUGUUAUUAUUAUUAUUUUAACGCAUGGCAAAGCGUUCAUUCAUGAAGCCCCUUUGGAAUUUUUUUUUUUCCACAAUCAACAUCAUCAUCUUAAUAUUUAAAUUAGGUAAAUCGUUUUCAUGUUUGUCCUGUGUAUAGCCUACUGGUGUGUAAGCUGCAUGUGUCAAAAUAGCAACACCAACUGCGCUAUCCGCUAUUGCACUUAGACCAGGUAUUUGUCGGUCAGUUGCGCAACUGCUUUAUCGGUCUAUAAGAUAGCAGCUUGUAUCAUUUGCGCCGGAACACGCCUCUGCUUUUUGCCGACACGCCUCUCAGGGCGCAAGUUUAGUAGCGCAGGUUUGUUGCGGGGGACAAUCGGCUUUGCGCCGGGUUCAAACUAGCAAAGAUACAUGCGUCGGUGUGUAGAAAGUCAAUUGCGAUGGAUGCAAGAUAGGGCCCCUUGUGUCAAAUCAUUGUGUUUCCUACUCUCAAGACAUUUAAAUGAUUCAUUACAUUUGAAGCUAAAUGCUCCACUUUACUACCGCUGGGUUGAAUGAAUCACAGACUGCAGCAGAGUAGACCGUUUGUGACUUUUAAAGGGUAGGAUGUUAAACGUGGCAAAGGCGAAGAUUUGAGUGUGUGUGUGUGUGUGCGUGUGUGUGUGUGUGUGUGUGUGUGUGUGUGUGUGUGUGUGUGUGUGUGUGUGUGUGUGUGUGUGUGUGUGUGUGUGUGUGUGUGUGUGUGUGUGUGUGUGUGUGUGUGUGUGGGUGCGUGUGCGUGUGGAGUACAGGUAAAACAGCAGUCCUCUUAAGUUGGUUAAUGAUUGAUUGUUUUAAUGACAGCUCUUACUCAGGCCCAGCUCUGGGAUCUGGUUUGAUCCAAGGUGUUUUUGACAGCGUGGAUACAUUUAAAGAUAUAUUAUAUAUAUAUAUUUACUCUGUUUCUUUGUCUUGUCUUUUUCUCCCUAUGUAUUUUGAUACGCUGGGAGUCACAUGAUUUCACAGCACACGAUACAAAGUACAGCAGAACUUUAUAGCCGUGAAGUAACUUUAGUUCCUCUGUUUUAACCUCCAACAUCAUUAUGGGUACCUGGUGGUUUAUAGCCUUAUAUGGACUUCCUCCAACCUUUGCUCCGUCUUAUUUUAUCACUUCACCAGAUUAGGUUGUGUUCGGAUGGAGGCCGCGCCCUGACGGAGCGUUGGGACCAUCGUGAAGGCUUUACACGUAGUUAGCUGCUCUUGAAGUCUCUUUCCUCAUUUGUCUUCCACACUGAGGAGCCCAGCAGCUCAAUCUUUACUCUGAACCUUUAGAACCUCUUAACGUUCUGACUCGGUUCUGAACACUUACUUUGUGUUUUGGUGAAUCUCUUCCUUCAACGGAUCUCACUUUCCUUGCUUUUUUGCUUUUAUAUCUUCAUACUACAUGGGGCAGCAGAUGUUUUUCCCACGGAGGAACUAAGGUCUCCAGUCUACUAUGGAUGAGGAGAGAGAGGAGGAGGGUCCUACCUCUAUGACCACUCUGUCUGGGGAACAUGGCCGCCGGAGCAAAGCUAAGAGAGCAGCAGCAGAGAGCAGACUCCCCUGGACCCAGCUGUGUCUCCAUGAAGAGUGACUGGUCUAUGCACCUACCUCCUGUUUUUAAAGAUGGACGCCCCUCCAGAGAGGAGAGCCCAGAGCAGCAGCAGAGAGCAGACUCCCCUGGACCCAGCUGUGUCUCCAUGAAGAGUGACUGCUCUAUGGGUCAACCUGAUAACUUUAAAGAUGGACGCCCCUCCAGAGAGGAGAGAAGGAGGCAGCAGAGAGCAGACUCCCCUGGACCCAGCUGUGUCUCCAUGAAGAGUGACCACUCUAUGGAUCAUCCUCCUGUCUUUAAAGAUGGACGCCCCUCCAGAGAGGAGAGGCCACACCAGAAGAGUUCAAAUGUUACCAGGUCUAUACAGAAGAAUCAAACAGAGCUGAUCAAGAGGGCUGAGGAGAACGCACACGCUUUCCUCGACAAGGAGCUGAAGAAGCUCUGGAGGGAUCUCUUCUCAGAUUACCCACAAUGCUCAGAGGGUCAGAGAGUGGAGGAGGAGGAGGUGGAUGGUAAGAAGGAGGAGCAGAGGAGGCGCGCCAUAGAGGGAGUGGUGGACAUCACAAAGCUCUGCCUGAUGGAGAUGAACCAGAAGGGACUGGCCGACACACUGCGGGGCGGAUCUGAUGCUGUCGAUUGCCAACAUAAAAUCAAGUCUAAUUUGAAGAAGAAGUUCAAGUGUGUGUUUGAGGGAAUGGCUAAAGCAGGAAAACGAACAGAUCUGAACGACUUCUACACAGAGAUCUUCAUCACAGAGAGAGGCAGUGGAGAGGUCAACAAGGAACAUGAGGUCAGACUGAUUGAAACCGCUUCCAGGAAACCAGCCAAGGAAGAAACACCAAUCAGAUGUGAAGACAUCUUUAAACCCUUACCUGGACAAGAUCAACCAAUCAGAACAAUGAUGACAACUGGAGUGGCCGGCAUUGGUAAAACCGUCUUAACACACAAGUUCACUUUGGACUGGGCUGAGGGCAAAACCAACCAGGACAUACACUUCACAUUUCUCCUAACUUUCAGAGAGCUGAAUUUACUGAAAGGGAAAGAGUUUAGCUUGGUGGAACUUCUUCAUCACCUCUUUAUUGAGACCAAAGAAGCAGGAAUCUGCAGAUUCCACCGGUUCCAAGUUGUCUUCAUCUUGGAUGGUCUGGAUGAGUGUCGACUUCCUCUGGACUUCCAGAGAAACCCGAUCUGGACUGAUGUCACAAAGUCCACCUCGGUGGACGUGCUGCUGACCAACCUCAUCAGGGGCGACCUGCUUCCCUUCGCUCGCAUUUGGAUAACCACACGCCCUGCAGCAGCCAAUCAGAUCCCUGCUGAGUGUGUUGACAUGGUGACAGAGGUGAGGGGGUUCACCGACCAACAGAAGGAGGAGUACUUCAGGCAGAGAUUCAGAGAGGAGAAGCUGGCCAGCACAAUCAUCUCCCACGUCAAGAAAUCACGAAGCCUCCACAUCAUGUGUCACAUCCCAGUCUUCUGUUGGAUCACUGCUUCAGUUCUGGAGGACAUCUUCAAAAAAUCCCAGAUCGAAGAGAUGCCCAAGACCGUGACUCAGAUGUACAGCCACUUCCUGAGGGUCCUGUCCAUACAGGGGGACAGGAAGUACCAUGGGAGGGCUGAAACAGAUCCAGACUGGAGCUCAGAGAGCAGGGAUAUCAUUGUUUCUCUGGGAAAACUUGCUUUUAACCAGCUGGAGAGUGGCAACCUGAUCUUCUACGAGGCAGAUAUGGCAGAGUGUGACAUCGAUAUCAGAGCAGCCUCAGUGUACUCAGGAGUGUUCACCCAGAUCUUUAAAGAGGAGUGUGGGCUGUACCAGGACAAGGUGUUCUGCUUUGUCCAUCUGAGCAUCCAGGAGUUUCUGGCUGCCCUUUAUGUCUUCUGGUCCUUUAUCAAUACUGGGGUCAAUCUGCUCUCAACCUCCAGGAAAGAUAAACUCCUCCUCUACCAGAGUGCUGUGGACAAGGCCUUACAGAGUGAGAACGGACACCUGGACUUGUUCCUCCGCUUCCUCCUGGGCCUCUCUCUGGAGACCAAUCAGAUUGUCCUACGAGGUCUGCUGGGACAGAAAAAAAUAUCACUGAUCACUCAGAUUAAAACAGGUCUGCUGCGAAUGACAGGAAGUAGGUCACAGACCAAUGAGGGAACAGUGUCUUACAUCAAGGAGAAGAUAGAAGGAGAUCAAUCUCCAGAGAGAAGCAUCAAUCUGUUCCACUGUCUGAAUGAGCUGAACGACUGUUCUCUAGUGAAGGAGAUCCAGGAGUACCUGACAUCAGGAAGUCUCUCCGGAAAACCUCUCACGCCUGCUCAGUGGUCAGCUCUGGUCUUCAUCUUACUGACAUCAGAAGAGGAGCUGGACGUGUUUGACCUGAAGAAAUACUCUGCUUCAGAAGAUGGUCUUCUGAGGCUGCUGCCAGUGGUCAAAGCCUCCAAAACAUCUCUGCUGCAGGGCUGUGAUCUGUCAGAGAGAUCCUGUGAAGCUCUGGCCUCAGUUCUCAGCUCCAAAUCCUCUAGUCUGAAAGAGCUGGACCUGAGUACCAAUAAUCUGCAGGAUUCAGGAGUGAAGCUGCUCUCUGCUGGACUGGGGAGUCCACACUGUACACUGGAAACCCUCAGGCUGCAGGGCUGUGAUCUGUCAGAGAGAUGCUGUGAAGCUCUGGCCUCAGUUCUUAGGUCCAACUCCUCUAGUCUGAGAGAGCUGGACCUGAGUACCAAUGAUCUGCAGGAUUCAGGAGUGAAGCUGCUCUCUGCUGGACUGGGGAGUCCACACUGUACACUGGAAACUCUCAGCUUGUCUGGCUGCCUGGUCACACAGGAAGGCUGUGCUUCUCUGGCCUCAGCUCUGAGCUCCAACCCCUCCCAUCUGACUGAGCUGGACCUGAGCUACAAUCACCCAGGAGACUCUGGAGCUGCGCUGCUCUCUGCUGGACUGGAGGAUCCACGCUGGAGACUGGACACUCUCAGUGUGGAGCACGGUGGAGUGUGGAGGCUGAAACCAGCUCUAAAGAAGUGUAAGUGUCUGUUUGAUUCAUCACAUCACACACUCACUAUUGAGAUGGAAAGUCCAUCCACACAGCAGGAAGUGAGGUCACAUCCUACUGGGAAUGAAGAUGAUGGCUGACAUCAUGUAUCUUAC